AUGGCGGCGCUGCAGGCGGAGCGCGGGUACGGGCUGUCGUGCGGCCGCCUCGGCCGCGGCACCCGCGUCUCCGUCUUCCACGUGAAGCUCACGGAGAGCGCGCUGCGCGCCUUCGAGAGCUACCAGGCCUGCAAGGAUGCUGUGACAUCAAAGCCAGUAAUCCAGUUCCAAGGAAGCCAAGGGCACAUCGCRAUUCCGAGGCCCGACCGCCCGGCCGAGGUGCGCACCUUCACCUUCUACCUGUCAAAUAUCGGCAAGGACAGCCCCCAGGGGAGCUUCGACUGCAUCCAGCAGUACGUGGCUGGCAAUGGCAAUAUCCACCUGGACUGCCUUGGGAGCAUACAGGAUAAAAUCACCGUGUGCGCUACGGAUGAUUCCUACCAGAAGGCGAGGCAAAGCAUGGCGCAGGCGGAGGAGGAAACGCGCAGCCGCAGCGCCAUAGUCAUCAAACCUGGCGGCAGAUACGUCGGCAAAAAGGUUCAGGUGCGAAAACCUGCGCCGGGAGCCGCCGAUGCCGUUCCCUCCAGGAAGCGCCCAACGCCCGUCAACCUGGCCAGUGCAAUAAAGAGAGGCAAUAGUGCGAUUUCUCAGAGACCCUUCAAAGACAGGGUGGUGCACUUACUGGCACUAAAGCCUUACAAGAAACCCGAGCUUAUUCUCAGAUUGCAGAAGGACGGACUUUGUCAGCAGGACAAGGAUUUGCUGGACAACCUCCUGCAACAGGUGGCAAAUUUGAGCGCCAAGGACAGCACUUUCACACUGAAAGACACUGUAUACAAGGAAGUGCAGAAGGACUGGCCGGGCUACUCUGAAGGAGAUCAGCAGUUGCUGAAGAGGAUCCUUGUUCGGAAACUCUGUCAGCCGCAGAACAGCAGCAGCUUCCAAGCAGAAGCGCCUUCCCUGAGCCCGCCUGAAGACACCRUGAACUCCAGCUCCCCGCCGCAGAAACGAUCCCAGCCUCUGGAGUUCAUYGAUCCGCUCGCCAACAAGAAGCCGAGGAUUUCGCACCUGGCCCAYCGCACCCCGGCCACCUUCAACGGGAAGCUGAGCGCGGCCAACGGGAAGGACGCGGGCGCCGCGGCCGCGCUGCCCGCCGAGUCCGUGAGCUCCAGCUCCGGCCUCCCGGCCUUGGAGCUGCCGAGGCCGCACGACCCCCUCUCGGAUGUCAGCAACGACCCGGCUCACAACGGCAGAGACUGUGAGAACCCCGCGCCCGCCGACAGGCUCGCCCACCCCUUGCCCACAGACUGUCCCCAGACCAGCAAACACAACUGCGGCGCGCACGUAAAAAGCAAGAAAAAAUCCAAAAAGCACAAAGACAAAGAGAGGAAGGAGAAGAAGGGCGACGAGAAGUGCAAAGAGGAGAAACAGGACUGUGAAGUAAUAAAAAAUGCUGACUUAGUUAGUGUUCCCCAGGAUGUCACAGGUUUAAAUGGAACAUGCAAUAACUCUAGUGUACCAACAUCGACUUCAGAAAUGCCAGAUUAUUUAUUAAAAUAUGCAGCCAUUUCCUCUUUGGAGCAGCGUCAGAGUUACAAAAACGACUUCAACGCAGAAUACAAUGAGUACAGAGACUUGCACGCCCGGAUAGAGAGGAUAACUGGACGGUUCACGCAGUUAGACUCCCAGCUGAAACAACUUUUGCAAGGCUCUGAAGAAUAUAAGACGAUCCAUGAUCAAAUUCUACAGGAAUAUCGGAAAAUUAAAAAAACCAAUCCCAAUUACAGCCAAGAGAAGAACCGCUGCGAAUACCUCCACAACAAACUGGCCCACAUUAAAAAACUCAUAGCAGAGUACGACCAACAGCAGUUUUAGCUGGUGCUAAUCCGGACUGGGUAGGGCAAAAAAGGAGAGAAAAAAAAAAAAAAAAAAAAAAAAGAAAAAAAAAAUCACCCGGAUGUUACGUUCCCUUUUCUACAGCUGGUUCCCUUUCAGCGACGAGCGUUAAUUCUCGUGCUCGGAAGAACUUGGGGAUGGCUUCCGAUGCCGAAGAAAUCCAGCGCCGGAGCCAGGUAGCAGCCCCGCGCCCGGCGCGACCCUCUCCAGCUUUAGCCUCCCGGAACGUCGGAAUGUAACGAGGGAAAACCUGCUUAUUUGAAGCCAGCGUUCGACACGCGAGGGAAAACUUAUCCUAAGGCGAACGAAGCUCCCAGAGGUUCAGAAAUGGUAGUUGUCAUGGAUUCAAAGUYUGGCAUGAAGUAGAAUCCCCCCUGACCCGGCCCCGCGGGGUUGCAAAUUGGCCUUGGAAUGGUGAGGAACUGGAAUGCUGCUAGGUUACCUCCUCCUGUGGCACCUGCGACUGUUCGUGUGCGCUGCACCCRCCACGUCCCCCGAGCUCUCCCCGUUGGCUCCCGCUUUUGUCGCCUCCACUUUGUGCCCRGGAACGGCCCGGGAAUGGCCCGGGAAUGCGCGCGGAGCCGGCGCCAAGGAGGGUUUUUACCCGCUCGCCGCGGCCGCCUCUCCAGCUGCUUGCGUUGCCCUCCGUGCUCCGAUGCUGGGAAGACUGAGACCUGUCUGUCUUUGACUUUUAUAAUUUUAUAUACCAAGGCAGCCAAUUUUAUUAAUUGCUAAUGAGACGAUGGUCUAUUUUUGUAUAAAAAAAAGAAAAAAAAAAAGCAUCUUUUUUCUAAAACUGUGCCUCCCUUUUCCUUUCAGGCCAAGUGUUUGAGAACCUUUCCUGUCUUACAGUUGCAGUAUUACUAAAGCUCGUUGGAUAG